GGAAUCUGGUUCCGUUUUUCCAUUUUGAGAAUCUUCGAUCACUUGACAAUUAUGUAUCCUGGUGGUUAUACUGCUGCAAUUACAAACUUAUCUCCAAGAGCUACAGAAUCUGAUGUACACAAUUUUUUUGGAUACUGUGGUGUAAUUGAGCGUGUCGACGUAAUAAGAUCCAGUGAUUAUGAGUCUAUUGCAUAUGUGACUUUUAAGGAUGCUUAUGCCCUGGACACUGCAUUAUUGCUGAAUGUAAGACUCUUAACUUCUUUGUUUGAUUUCAUGGAUCAACUUAAUACAUAAUGGAUUUAUAAAGUAAAAUAUUAUUAAUUAUACUUAUGCAGGAAAGGUUAUAUGUGAUAAUGGAAAAGAUCAUAAUAGAAUGAAAAACAGCCAAUGUAUAACAUCCCAUGUCGAAUAUCUAGAAUACGAUAUAGAAUAUACAUAUUGGUACUGGAAUACAUCAAAAAUUACAAUAGGAUUAGACUUCCAAUUUUUUUUUCCGGUGAUGAUAUAUAGGCUGCUGUGCUGGGAUCUUUGAAUGCUUCAUUUGUCCACCAAUCAUCAAUAUGCUUAUAUGCUAUCUAAUCCAUUUUUACCACUAAUCAAUAUUAUUUUAGCAUGUUGCCAAUUGAUUCCACAACACUCUAUGUACCUUCCCAAUAUUAUGGCAAGUGUCAUUCCUCUUCUCAAUAUUCCUUAAAAAUUUGUCUGUUUUAAUGAAUCUUCUAGUGCUUCUUCAGUUCUUUUUUCUUCCAAGAGAAAAAAUAAAAAUAGUAAGCACUUCACCUCUAAUAGAACCUUGUGCAUAAUUUGCAUGUGCAACUAUGGAGAGGAAUGUAUAUGCAUUGUUUGUGAUGUUGUUGAUAUUUACUCUUGUUUUUUCUCUAUCUGAAGAGCUUAAUGCAGAUGGAAAAUAUCUUAUGGACAUAAAAGUGAGAUUGUUUGACAAAUACAAUCAUCUUCAGAAUUGGAAUUCAAGUGAUUCAACACCUUGCGGUUGGAAAGGUGUCAUCUGCAACAAUGACAUCGAUCCAGUAGUUGAAUCUCUUGACUUGCAUGCAAUGAAUCUCUCUGGCUCUUUGUCUUCCAGCAUUGGUGGUUUGGUUCACUUGCUUCACCUUAACCUGUCUCAAAACACUUUCUCUGGUUUUAUACCAAAGGAAAUUGGAAACUGUUCAAGUUUGCAGGUUCUUGGUCUCAAUAUAAAUUGGAAACUGUUGAAAAAUAAGGCAUAGAAAUAUUGUGAAAUUAUAUGGUUUCUGCAACUACAGUGACUCAAAUAUGCUACUUUAUGAGUACAUGGAAAAGGGUAGUUUGGGAGAGUUACUUCAUGGCGAAUCUUCCUCUAGUCUUGAUUGGUAUUCCAGGUUUCAGAUUGCUCUAGGAACUGCACAUGGACUCUCUUAUUUGCACCAUGAUUGCAAGCCUAGGAUUAUUCACCGCGACAUCAAGUCCAAUAACAUACUUAUUGAUCAUGAAUUUGAAGCUCAUGUUGGUGAUUUCGGUUUGGCCAAGCUAAUUGAUAUCUCAAAGUCUAAAUCAAUGUCUGCAGUUGUUGGUUCUUACGGCUACAUUGCACCUGGUGUUCAAUGAUCCCACGACAUUAACAGAGGAGUUGUAUGAUUUGCGAGACCGCUGGGCAACUUGUUUUCUUCAACUAUAUAAUCCCGAGGUAGAUUAUGAUGAUGCCGACGAGAAAGAUUAGGAGCUAGCUAGGUUUGUGUGAAGUUACAAUGGACUAGUUAUGAUGAUGUUUUAAUUUGUAUUUUGGAUGGAUUAGUAUUAAUUAUU